AGAGGGGGAAAUCUCUGCGUAAGAAGGCAGCAGGUACUCAGGAGGAAAGCAGAGGUUGAGGCAUCUCAGUUAUGGCGAAGGAUAAGAAGAAAAAUGGCAAGAAGUCAGAGAAGUCCGCACAUCCUGUUCCUGCGCACAGUGAUACUGCUGAGAGUGAGCCCACAAAGCCGACAGGUCCACAGGACUCAGCCAACGGAGUGGAAGAAACAGAAGCAGGUGAAUCAGUGUCAGAGGAAGUAUCAGAUAAAGAACCAGAGAAAGCAGAGGAACCCCCUGUCCAGGAUGUUUUUUCAUGCUACGAGGAUCCCAUCCUUACGCAACUUGUUGUGGAACGCUAUGAAGGUGACAAAGUUAAUAGGCUGUAUGAGGGUGAAGGCGUUGCAUUUUUUGAGGGAGGAAAUAUAUAUAAGGGCAUGUUUUCUGAAGGGUUUAUGCAUGGACAGGGAACUUACACAUGGGCUGAUGGAGUGAAAUAUGAGGGAACGUUUGUUAAGAAUAUGCAGAUGGUUAAUGGACGCUAUACCUGGAAGGAUGGCAGUGUUUAUGAAGGCUCAAUUGAAAACGGACUUAGGCAUGGAUUUGGCUUUUUCAGGAGUGGUAUCCAUCCGGUUUCUUACAUUGGUUACUGGUAUAAAGGCAAAAGAUGUGGAAAGGGCACCAUUUAUUAUGACCAGGAACACAUGUCUUGGUACUCAGGUGACUGGGUAGAUAACGUUAAAGAAGGAUGGGGAAUAAGACGCUAUAAGUCUGGAAAUAUCUAUGAAGGUCACUGGGAGAAAAAUGUACGUCAUGGAAUGGGAAGAAUGAGGUGGCUGACAGCUAAUCAGGAGUAUGUUGGACAGUGGGUGUAUGGCAUACAGCAUGGAUAUGGCACCCACAUAUGGGUCCUGAAGAGAACGCCUGUAUCUCAGUAUCCCUUGAGGAAUAAGUACAGGGGUGACUUUGUGAACGGGGAGCGCCACGGCUGGGGGACGUUCUACUAUGCCAGCGGAGCAGUGUAUGAUGGACAGUGGGUUCAUAAUAGGAAGCAUGGCAAGGGCAAGUUUGUCUUCAAGAAUGGAAAUAUUUAUGAAGGAGAGUUUAGUGAUGAUAAGAUGGUAGAAUAUCCCGCUUGUCAGCUGGACGCAGUGAGUGCUGCAAGGCUGGAUGCCACGUGCUCAGGAAGUAGCUUUGGCUCUGAAACCAUGAGAAUCAUUAACAACUCAGAAAAUCCUUCCGCUCUGGGAUCAGAUAUUGAAUUAGAUAUAUCCUCACUGCUUGACUUGUUGCCAAGUGAAGAGAGACAAGAAGAAGUGAAACAAGUAGAAUUUGCUGUGUUGAGACAUAUUACAAAACUGAGAAGAGUUUACACAUUUUACAGCAGUUUGGGCUGUGAUGAUUCUCCUGACAACACCUUCCUUAUGACCAGGCUCCAGUUUUGGAGGUUUCUGAAGGACUGCUGCUUUCAUCACUCCAGUGUAACUCUUGCUGAAAUGGAUCGGAUAUUGAGCGGUGAUAAAACACCACUUGAGGAGAUACAUUCCCCAUAUGAGACUUUACUGUUCAAAACGUUUUUAUCUCGCCUUAUUCAUCUGUCAUUUCAUGUCUAUCACGAGGAGCACAAAGAUAAAGGUCCUUACCUGCAGAAGUGUUUCACUGCAAUGAUGUCCAGGAAUGUUAUUCCCACUGCAUGUCAUGUUCAGGGUUCCUUAUUUUCUGAAUGCCAUCAUGCUGUUUUUGCCAUGAGGUACAUUGACAAAUGCUGGGAAAUAUACCAAGCGUUUUGUCAUCAGAAUACCAGACCUCCGUUUGAACCCACAAUGAAAAUGAGGCAGUUCCUCUGGAUGCUGAAUGAUUUUAAACUUCUUGGCAAACAAUUGACUGCUUCAAGACUUGUGGAAAUACUUUUCAAAGAAGGUCCCUCCCUACAUGACAGCAGAAGUACCAACCUGGAGCAGGAGCUGGUUCUUCUUGAAUUUCUUGAAGCUCUUCUUCAUUGUGCAUUAGUGUAUGUUACCAGUGAUAUGAUGAAGGAGCAGGUAGAUCGAGAUAAUGAGAAAAGUAACUUAAGAAUGGAGAGUUUCUCUGAAGGAACUGCAAAUGUGCCUUUCUACACACAGAGUUUUCUCUCCCAGGUGCUGAAACUUUGUGAAGACAGAGGAGAAACCCUUCAAGAAUUUCAAAUAGACAGCAUCCCGUCAUCCCACACAACUCGUGGCAGCAUCGAAGAUAUUCAGCCAUUGCCCAGUUGGGAUACAGAAGAAGAACAAGAUUUCUCUCCAGCAUCAGAAUGGAUAAAUGAACUAGAAGCCCAAACUGGAAAAGAUGAGGAAUUUGACUGGUGGAUGUAUCAAGUGGAAAUCUUUUUUACAAACAAGUUGUUUCCAGCCUAUGAGCAUGAAAAAGCAUUGAAGGCAAAAAUAAAAGAAAAUCAAAUACGGAAUGCUGAGUUAGCUGAGCUGAGGAGGAGGAAGGAUGAGGAGAUGGCAAAAUCUUGUUCACUCAGACUUCUUGCUGAAAGAGAAGCAGAAGAUGCAAAAAAGCAGAAAGAAGCUGCAGAAGGAAAAGCGUCACUGGAGUCCAAGAGUAUAAUUUUUGAGGAGUUAGAAGAGCCUGGUGCACAGUUAGCACCCCCUCCAAAGGAAGAGGCAUCUACUGUACCACCCCCAGUUGUUACCAAGGUGCUCACAGGAAACAAGAGGAGGAAGAAGUAAAUCUUCUGAUGAGAUCCACUAAACUGACAAGUAUCUGAUGGAAGGCAGACUAAACACUUAUGGAAACUUACCUUGUCUUGUCUACAUUUUGGAUCAGAUGGAUUUUAUUACUUCUUCACAGACAGAUAAUUUAGCAGUAACUAUUUAAAGGUAAUAAAAACCAAUCCUUACCGUUAACUUCAA